AUCAAGAGACUUCUCUGCAGCUGUUUCAGCCUUCACCAUGUUUUGUUGUUUGUGCCUGGAAUGGAUCCUAGUUAUGCUGUUCGAAGGUUUCCUGGCAUCAAGUGCUAAGACGCUAGUGAGAGGAAUGGUGGGUCAGAACAUCACUUUACCCUGUGAUUACUCUACUAAGAGAUAUGGGAUUACAACCAUGUGCUGGGGACGAGGAACUUGUCCCACUUUUACAUGUGAUGAUACAAUUGUGAGGAGUAAUGGACAACAAGUAACAUUCAGAAAAUCCAGCAUGUACCAACUAAUGGGAAACACUGAUCAAGGAGAUGUGGCACUGACCAUUGUGAAUGUAACAGAAUCAGCUACAGGGACAUACUGUUGCCGGGUGGAAAUCAAAGGCUGGGGCAAUGAUCAGAAAACACAUGUGGAAGUUAUGAUUGAGAAAGGUGAACAGAAUACUUAG